UUGAAAAUGUAAAUAAACAAAUCCCGAUGUUGUCAAAAAGCUUUAGCGGUUUUUUCAUUAUUAUUUGCUUUUUCAGUGUUUCUCCAGGUCUGACUAGAUCUGAAGAUAGCAUAACACUGAGUUUGAAACCUAAUGGAAAUAAAAAACUUUAUACAUUGCCUAAGAAUAGGACUUUGGUUAUUAAUAUAGUUGAUGUUCCUAUUAAUAUAUCUGCAAUUACCUGUCAAGUUCAUGCCCACACAGAAAAUUUAACUUUAUCUGAACAACCUAAAGCUUUUGUGCACAACAGUAUUACUGGGAAAAACAUUGGUUUGGUUGUCAAAUUGCAUGAUUCUGAAUAUGAGAAGCAAAUAUGGCUGUCAAAUUUGAAUCAAGAAGAUGUGCCUGUAUUGAUAGUUAUCACAGCUUUAGACUCAUUUGGUCCAGUACCAGGUGGAUGUAAUAUGGAAUUCCCUACUGAAAUAGCACCAUAUUUAAGAUUAAAGAGUGAUUCUCUAAAAGUUUACUUAGAAUUUCAACAUGCGAGUUUUGGAUCUCGCAGAGAUGAGCCAUUCACAAAAUGCAGUUUUUCACUACCAUAUAUAACUUAUGACAUUUAUGUCCUGUAUCUUGAGGAAAAUGAUUUUGGAGAAUCUGAGUUCUUUAAAAAAGUUGAAUACAUGAGUGAUGUGUCAUCAAUUAAAGAACAUUCUUCUAAGGCAAAAUCUUAUUCCUUACACCCUGAUACAAGGUUUUCAUUCUUGUUGUAUCCAAAUCUUGGUGUUGUUUAUAAUGUGAUAGCUAAAUUUACUUUAAAUAAUGAAAUAAAAGAAGCUGCUUAUGUACCUGUUGUUUCCUAUGGAUGUCCCUCUUUUGAUUUCACGGAGAGUGGUUGUCGAAUAAAAUAUUCAUUUAAAGGCAAAUUAUUUUUGUUUCUUCUUUCUAUAUAUGGAUUUAUGGUGGCUUUUUUUGGACAUUCGUUCAUUAGUGUAGUUAUUCUCUUCUUUGGACUUUUGAUGUCGUUUUUGACUGGUUUCAUACUUACUGGAAAAUAUUUGUCUUUCUCAAAAGAAAGUACAGCUGAGCUGUCAAUGGUAAUUGGAAUUUUAGGUGGUUUAUUUUUCUUAUUUAUGUGGUUGUGGCUGCGACAUCCUAUAAUAUUGUUUCUUCUCAAUGGAUUCGUCUUUGGAUUUUUGAUAUCAGCUACUAUUAUUUAUACGCCUCUGGGAAAUAUGGAAAUUUUUAUAAACAACAAAAAUUUUUGGUCUUUACUCUCUGUUGGAACUUUAUUUGUUGCUGUGUUCGCAAUUGCCGUGCCAUUUUUGAUGACUGCAAUCGGUUCAUCUGUUGUUGGCUGCUAUGUUAUGCUAUUGUUCUAUGAUGAUUUUGUUGGAACAAGAUUGUCUUAUAUUAUAUUAAACAUAAUUAAAAGAGCUGUGUCGAAGACUCGCAUUUUUGCAGCUAACGAUUUACCAUUCCAAGCAAAUGAUAUAAUUAUGAGCACUAUAUGGGUUGUCCUUUCAAUUAUCGCUAUGAUUGUGUGGCUCAGGAAGCGUCAAACAACUGUGUAUGGAAUUACCAGAGCUAACUCAGGUUACUUUACAUACUCACUAGCAAGGAAUAGAGGGAGUUUAGUAUAUCUUUCACCUGAACGCGACAUGGUUCAUCAGCCUUUACUCAGAGAAAACAAUGCUGUAUUGUACCAAACAUUUCCUCAGUAAGCUUGAGCAAUCUACUGAGUAAUGUCAUCUGAUGAGUCCUAUCCCUUCAUGCUUUAUAAUGUAGUCUUUCGUGAUUGAUUUUGAUCUACUAGUACUGUAAUUAUUUUCAAAUUGUAGUACUCUAUCGUGUAUAUAUAGUCAUUUUUACCUCAAUUGAAAGUAUUUUUAUGUAUUUUACCGUUUGUUGAUUUUUUUUUCUUUCUUGUUUGAGUUCAAAAUUAUUAAUCUGUUUUUAUAAUAUAUGAAAUGCUGAUUGAUGAAGUAAUUUUUAUUUAUUGAAUGGAUUUUUAUUUAAACUAAAUCAGUACAAUUUUUAUAGUGAAUAAAUAUACAAAUUUUGUCAUGUC